UGGAAGAGGGGUUAGUGCAUCUGCCUCACAAUACGAAGGUCCUGAGUAGUCUUGGGUUCAAUUCCAGGCUCGGGAUCUUUCUGUGUGGAGUUUGCAUGUUCUCCCCGUGACUGCGUGGGUUCUCUCCGGGUACUCCGGCUUCCUCCCACUUCCAAAGACAUGCACCUGGGGAUAAGUUGAUUGGCAACACUAAAAUUGGCCCUAGUGUGUGAAUGUUGUCUGUCUAUCUGUGUUGGCCCUGCGAUGAGGUGGCGAAUUGUCCAGGGUGUACCCCGCCUUCCGCCCGAUUGUAGCUGAGAUAGGCUCCAGCGCCCCCCGCGACCCCAAAGGGAAUAAGCGGUAGAAAAUGGAUGGAUGGAUAUAUAUAUAUAUAUAUAUAUAUGUUUAUUUAUUUUUUUAUUUUUUUAUAAACUUUUUUUUUUAACUUUUUAUUUUAUUUUAGAAAGGACAGAUAACAAAAUAAUAAAAAAUAAAUAUAUAAAAAAACAAUUACAACAUUUUUUUUUUUUUCAAACUUGGGACUUCCUGCGGACCAGAUUUUGUAUGCUGGUGGGCUGUAUCCGUAGUUUGGGGACCCCUGGUUUACGUUAAUAAGGUAAUGAUUACCUGCUGUCUGGUGUGCUCGCUCUCCUUGUCUCUCCCUCUCUCUCCCUCUCUCUCUCUCUCUCUCUUCCUAUAUUGGGAUGAUCCACAGGUGGCACUGAUUUUGGGUACACCGGCCACUAAUUACACUAGGGCUAUUUAAGCUGAGUAGUGGCAGCUGGGAGGCGUCGGUUCCACAUGCGUAGUACUCCUGUUCGUGGGUACACUUACUUCUUUGCCACUGGCUUUUUCCCGUGACUCGCCCUCGCUUUGGCACCAACGUCUCCCCCCUGUGAGGUUGGCCCAGCUGUGUCCCGUUGUGACCACCAGUUAAGUUGUUCUAUGUGUGCUGUUUUCCAUGAUACAGUGAUGGAUACAAGAACAGCAACGGCUGAGCUGGGCUGGAUAUCAUUCCCUGCCAAUGGAUGGGAGGAGGUGAGUGGCUAUGAUGAGAACCUCAACACCAUCAGGACGUACCAAGUGUGCAAUGUGUUUGAGCCCAGCCAGAACAACUGGCUCCUCACAACGUACAUCGACAGACGGGCGGCGCUCCGCAUCUAUGUGGAAAUACGCUUCACUGUGCGAGACUGUGCUUCCAUUCCCAGCGUCCUUGGCUCCUGCAAAGAGACGUUUAAUCUUUACUACCUAGAAACAGAUAGGCCUGUGUCAGAGGGUAUCAGAGGGGUGGAGAACUUGACAAGUGCUCCCUUCCUGAAGGUGGACACCAUUGCAGCAGAUGAGAGUUUUUCCCAAGUAGAUUUUGGUGGAAGAUUGAUGAAAGUCAACACAGAAGUGCGAAGUUUUGGCCCACUGUCAAAAGGCAAAGGGUUCCAUCUGGCCUUCCAGGAUCUGGGAGCCUGUAUGUCGCUCUUGGCUGUCAGAGUAUUCUACAAAAAAUGUCCCAGCAUUGUUCAAAACUUUGCUUACUUCCCAGAGACACUUACUGGAGCAGAAUCCACAUCACUCGUCAUUUCUCGAGGAAGUUGUAUACCCAAUGCAGAGGAAGUGGAUGUGCCCAUAAAGCUUUACUGUAACGGCGAUGGCGAGUGGAUGGUACCCAUUGGCAGCUGCAGCUGUAAACCAGGUUAUGAACCAGACAAUGGCAACUUGUGCAGAGCAUGUCCACAAGGAACCUUUAAAUCUGCCCAGGGGCCCGGAUUAUGUCAGCAAUGUCCACUGAACAGUCGCUCGACCAUUGAGGCUGCAACCCUUUGUGGAUGUCGCAAUGGUUACUAUCGUGGUGACAUGGACAAACCAGAGGAUUUAUGCACAAGUGUCCCUUCAGCUCCUCGCAACUUGGUCUCUGUGGUCAACCGGACGUCGCUGCUGCUUCAGUGGCACCCCCCACGUGACAUCGGCCACCGUGGGGACAUGUACUACAAUGUGUUGUGCCACCGGUGUCACAGCAGUGAGCGACGGGCGUGUCAGCCUUGUGAUGACAGUGUGGCCUAUGUUCCGGGCAAGAGGGGGUUAAAACUAACCAGGGUGGAAAUCAGCAAGUUGCGUGCUCACACAUCAUACACCUUCGACAUACAGGCAAUCAAUGGUGUCUCCAACAAAAGUCCAUAUCCUGCCCAGCAAGUGUCAAUCAACAUUACAACCAAUCAAGCUGCUCCUUCGGUGGUUCCCAUAAUGCACCAAGUGAGCUCAACAAGACGCAGUUUCUCGCUGUCAUGGCCGCCGCCUGAACAUCCUAAUGGAAUAAUCCUUGACUAUGAGAUACGAUACUAUGAUCAGUCUCAGCCGUCAAUGUUGAACAGUUCAGUGAUUCAGAGCGAGACCCCCAGUGUGAUUCUGGAGGGACUGAGACCCGGGACCGGCUACAUGGUUCAGGUGAGGGCCCGCACAGUGGCCGGCUUUGGAAGCUACAGCAAGGAGAUGCUCUUCCAAACACUCAUUGAUGAUGAAUUUAAGUCAGAUUUGGGACAGCAGCUCUCCCUGAUUGCAGGCUCCUUAGUCGGCGGCGUGUGUAUUGUCUCGUUGGUAGCUAUCGCCAUCAUUUGUGUCAGGAGGAGGCAGUUGAAAGAGAGUGUAUAUGGAGACAAGCUGCAACAGUACAACGCAGGAGGAGAGGUGACUCUGAGACCUGACAUGUUCAGUGGUCCUACCCCUACAGUGACCUUCCCCACCAUGUCUGACGGUCACAGUUCACCAGGGGUGAAGAUAUACAUCGACCCUUUUACUUAUGAAGACCCCAAUGAGGCUGUCCGAGAGUUUGCCAAGGAAAUUGACUCCUCGUGUGUCAAAAUUGAGGAAGUCAUUGGCUCAGGUGAAUUUGGAGAGGUGUACAAGGGCCGCCUGAAGCCUUCGGGGAAAAGAGAAAUUCCCGUUGCUAUCAAGACUCUGAAGGUGGGCUACUCUGAGAGGCAGCGGCGAGACUUUCUGGCUGAGGCGUCAAUCAUGGGGCAGUUUGACCAACCCAACAUCAUCAGGCUGGAGGGAGUCGUGACCAAGAGCAGGCCCACAAUGAUCAUCACAGAAUUCAUGGAAAAUGGAGCCCUGGACUCAUUUUUAAGGCAAAAUGAUGGGCAGUUCCCCGUGAUCCAGCUGGUUGGUAUGCUGAGAGGCAUCGCAUCUGGAAUGAGGUACCUGGCAGAGAUGAGUUACGUUCACAGAGACCUGGCUGCUCGCAACAUCCUGGUUAAUAGUAACUUGGUGUGUAAGGUGUCCGACUUCGGCUUAUCUCGUUAUCUGGAGGAGGACACAUCUGACCCCACCUACACCAGCUCACUGGGCGGUAAAAUCCCAGUGCGGUGGACAGCUCCGGAGGCAAUUGCCUAUAGGAAGUUCACGUCAGCCUCAGAUGUUUGGAGUUAUGGGAUUGUCACCUGGGAGGUGAUGUCAUACGGUGAAAGGCCUUACUGGGACAUGAGUAACCAAGAUGUAAUCAACGCCAUUGAGCAGGACUUCCGGCUGCCAGCUCCUAUGGACUGCCCAACAGUGCUUCACCAGCUGAUGCUGGACUGUUGGCAAAAAGACAGGAACGCACGGCCAAAGUUCCCGGACGUAGUCAACAUGCUGGACAAAAUGAUACGCAACCCUGCGUCCCUGAAAGCAGGCACCAACAAUGUUGCUCCGGGCCCGUCCCAUCAUCCUUUGUUAGAUCGUGGUGCUCCAGAUUUGAGCAGGCUGAGCUCUGUAGAGGACUGGCUGGCUGCACUGAAGAUGACCCAGUACAGAGACUCCUUCCUGGGAUCAGGCUUCACCUCCUUGCCGCUCGUCACUCAAAUCACUGCAGAAGACCUCCAGAGAAUCGGAGUGUCCCUGGCAGGACACCAGAAGAAAAUUCUUACAAGCGUUCAGUCAAUGAGACACCACAUCGAUGACCAGUCUCCGACUGAAUCUGUGUAAUUGCCAUCUUCAAAACUGGUUGGUCUCCAGUCUUCAGGCAAUUGAGUGGUUCACCUUUGCACGCUUGUUUUUAAGCUAUGACUGCAGCCGUGCACACUUGAUCCCUUUCCUUUUGUAAUCAGACUUCUGUUUUAUUCUCUACUCUUCCAUUUAGCAUCAGAGAUCAAUACCAACUUAGGAAGCGAUUAACAGCACAUUUGCAAGAGCCAAUGUACUGUAAGGUCAGCAUGAUCUUGAAGUGGUGGAAUAACGACAGGCAUCUUUCCAAACCCUGAUCUGAUCUGCCCUGAAAAGACUACGAUCAUAAAAACGUGUUUCCGUUCGUCUAUCUUUCCACACAGCAAUUUGUACCAACUGAACAGUUUGCUACUUAAGCAGGAAUCACACCAACAUAGGAAAAUGUCCAUGAACAAUUGUAUGGUGUUGUGUGAAUAACAAAAACAGGCCAAAAAGCCUUUUUAAGGGUUUCUUGUGUACAAAUCUAUAAAAGACUACUUCAUUGUCUCUGUGACAACUGCCACGGUUGAAAGAACCUAAGUUUAAAGGGACUGUGUCAAUCUAUCUUCAUAUUGAAGAGUCUGUACAUAUUCGCCUAAGGGAUGUUUAUUUCCUAUUUCCUGAUUUGUUGAUAAUUAUUUAUACCGUUCUUUUCCUAAGAAAAAUGAAACAAAAGGCUUCAUACAACCCCUGGUUAAAAAAAUGUAAUCACAUGACUUGGAGGGUGAACGUUCAGUGGUUUAAUUUUGAAGAAAAAAAACAGAUACCCAGUGUGACACAAAACGAUAGUCAUUUCAACUGGCAACUGUCUGAAACACUAAAAGGAAACACAAAUAUACAAUGUGGUAAUCAGUAACAGUUUCAUUUUGACAUGUAUCAUGGAUUGAUAGGAAUCAUAGCUCCAACACUAGAAACGUUGAUUGAAAUAAAGAAGAAGAUUAUCAAACUUCUUCAAGAAUGUAAAGGAUGUUGAUUGUUCACAGUCAGCUGUGUGUAAAAUCUGGGUCAAGUACAAACAACAUGGGAAGGUUGUGAAAGGCAACCAUACUGGUAGACCAGGUAAAACAUCAAAGCACCAAGACAGAAAACUUAAGCAAUAAAUAUGUCUGGAAAACAGAAAAUGCACAGCUAAACAAACGACAAACAAAUGGGCAGAAACUGUCGUCACGGUCUGUUUACUGAACUGUAAGAACACAGAAAAGCUAAAACAAGCCACUUUUAACACCUUAACAGAAAGAAACAAGGUUACAUUGGACUAAGGAAAAGCAGUCGUGGACUGUGGAUGACUGGAUGAAAGUCCUAUCGCGAAUCUGAAUUUGGGCAAGGUGAUGUUGCUGAAACUUUUGUUUGAUUUAUUGAAGACGACUGUCUAAAGAAAACAUGCACAUUUCCACUGAGGGGCUGAAUUUCAGUUAAUGGCACUGGAGAGAUGGGUGCCAUUCAUCUUCAAUAAAUGCACACGUUACCUUUGCAUUUUGGACACUUUUCUUAUUCCUUUAACGGAAAGAUGUUUGGGGAUGAUGACACCAUUUUUCAAGAUGAUAAUGCAUCUUGUUAUAGAAAAAAACUGUGAAAACUUUCCUAGAUGAAAGAUACAUAGGGUCAAUGCCAUCAAUCCAUCUUCUUCCGCUUAUCCGAGGUCGGGUCGCCGGGGGCAGCAGCCUAAGCAGGGAAGCCCAGACUUCCCUCUCCCCAGCCACUUCGUCCAGCUCCUUCCGGGAGAUCCCGAGGCGUUCCAAGGGCAACCGGGAGACAUAGUCUUCCCAACGUGUCCUGGGUCUUCCCCGUGGCCUCCUACCGGUCGGACGUGCCCUAAACACCUCCCUAGGGAGGUGUUCGGGUGACAUCCGAACCACCUCCUCUGGCUUUUCUCGAUGUGGAGCAGCAGUGGCUUCACUUUGAGCUCCCCCCGGAUGGCAGAGUUUGUCACCCUAUCUCUAAGGUAGCGCCCCCCCCACCCGGCGGAGAAAACUCAUUUCGGCUGCUUGUACCCGUGAUCUUGUCCUUUCGGUCAUAAUCCAAUGCUCAUGACCAUAGGUGAAGAUGGGUUCGUAGAUCGACCGGUAAAUUGAGAGCUUUGCCUUCCGGCUCAGCUCCUUAUUCACCACAACGGAUCGAUACAGCGUCCGCAUUACUGAAGAUGCCGCACCGAUCUGCCUGUCGAUCUCACGAUCCACUCUUCUCUCACUCGUGACACAAGACUCCGAGGUACUUGAACUCCUCCACAUGGGGCAUGGUCUCCUCCCCAACCCGGAGAUGGCACUCCACCCUUUUCCGGGCUAAAACCAUGGACUCGGAUUUGGAGGAGCUGAUUCUCAUCCCAGUCGCUUCACACUGGGCUGCGAACCGAUCCAGUGAGAGCUGAAGAUCCUGGCCAGAUGAAGCCAUCAGGACCACAUCAUCUGCAAAAGCAGAGACCUAGGUCAAUGCCAUGGCCUGCAAAUAGUCCAUAUCUCAAUCCAAUUGAAAAUCUGUGUUGGAAAUGGAAGAAAAUACUCCAUGACGAAAGUCCAACCUGCAAAGCUGAUCUGACAACAGCAAUCAGAGAUAGUUGAAGCAAGAGUGAUGAAGUGUACCGUUUGUCACUCGUUAAGUCCAUGCCUUAGAAACUGCUAGCUGUUUUAAAAGGUGCAACAAAGUACUUUGUUGUAGUGUUUUUAGUUUAUGAUUCCAUAAUAUUUUCCCCAGAAUUUAGUGAUUCCAAAUGUUUUACUGUUGACUGAAACUUCCAGACUACAAUUUUUUUAUUUAUUUUUUUUAUUUUAGUGUUUCUUAAAGCCAGAAAGUUGCCGUUUGAUGGAAGCUUUGAGUCAUGUCGGCUAUCUGCAUUUGUUUCUACAAAAUCAAACAACUGAAAGAACAUUCUCCAAGUCUGGUAAUUCCAUACAUUUUUCAGGAGUUGUAUUUUUUUCGAUGCAUUACGUGACGCCAUGAUCAGAUCACCUCUUCCAUGCAAGGAGCUCGUAAGGCCUGGCCUGCUUAGACAAGUAAUUCAUUAAAUUAGCCCAAGGAGGGUCUAAGUGGAGCUAAUUAUAGAUCAGCAAAAGGAAGUACUUAAUAUAAAAUUUAAAAAAACGGAAAGAUCACAGCAGGUUGGAAGGAGGGAAAGAAAAAAUUAAGGAAGAACACGCCACAAGUAACAUGCGCAUCUGCUGUCAAAUCCCAUUUCUUCCACUCAUGUACAGCUUCCAUCCAUGUUUUUACUAGGCAGGAGGAGGCCUUCGCAUCAAACAGUUAUUUUCUACUCACGAGCCGCCCGAUUUUUAGUCAAUCAGGAGUUGUUGUUUUUUCACAGUAAUUUAGCACAUUUAUUCAAAAUAAAAAAAUCACUUGCACAUAAGUAUUCACAGCCUUUGCUCAAUACUUUGUCGAUGCACCUUUGGCAGCAAUUAUAGUCUUAAGUCUUUUUGAAUACGGUGCCACGUGUACAGAUACAUUCUGGAUUAAAAACAGCGCUUCCCUUCCAACCUGAUGGAGCUUGAGAGGUGUUUGCAAAGAAAAAUUGGGAAAAGAAGAACGGGCCCAAAGAUAGGUGUGCCAAGCUUGUGGCAUCGUAUUCAAAAAGUCUUGAAGCUGUCAUUUCUGACAAAGGUGCAUAUUGAGCAAAUGCUGUGAAUACUUAUGUAUAGAGAUGUCCGAUAAUAUCGGCCUGCCGAUAAAUGCGUUAAAAUGUAAUAUCGGAAAUUAUCGGUAUCUGGUUUUUUAUUAUCUGUAUCGUUUUUUUGUUUUUUUGUUUUUUUUUAUUAAAUCAACAUAAAAAACACAAGAUACACUUACAAUUAGUGCACCAACCCAAAAAACCUUCCUCCCCCAUUUACACUCAUUCACACAAAAGGGUUGUUUCUUUCUGUUAUUAAUAUUCUGGUUCCUACAUUAUAUAUCAAUAUAUGUCAAUACAGUCUGCAAGGGAUACAGUCCGUAAGCACACAUGAUUGUGCGUGCUGCUGGUCCACUAAUAGUACUAACCUUUAACAGUUAAUUUGACUAAUUUUCAUUAAUUACUAGUUUCAAUGUAACUGUUUUUAUAUCGUUUUACUUUCUUUUUUAUUCAAGAACAUGUUUUUAAUUUAUUUAUCUUAUUUUAUUUUAUAAUCUUUUUUAAAAAGUACCUUAUCUUCACCAUACCUGGUUGUCCAAAUUAGGCAUAAUAAUGUGUUAAUUCCAUGACUGUAUAUAUCGAUUGAUAUCGGUAUCAGUUGAUAUCGGUAUCGGUAAUUAAAGAGUUGGACAAUUUCGGAAUAUCGGCUAUCGACAAAAAGCCAUUAUCGGACAUCCCUACUUAUGUACAUGUGUAUUUGUAUUUUUUAUUUGCCUUUCUCCCGAGUGCAGCUGAGAUAGGCUUCAGCCCCCAAAAUGAAUUUAUCCCAUUUUGGAAUAAGGCUGUAACAUAACAAAAUGUGUAAAAAGUGAAGCGCUGUACAUAAAGGUACGAGUUUGGGGUGAAAGAUGUUCAACCAGAAACCGAAACCCUGUUUAGAAAAUAAUUCUAAAUGAACUGUAAUACAACUGGUGAGCAUCCAUGACCUGUACUUUCAGUGUUCUUUGGGGAAAUGGAACACUUCACGGACAACCUGUAUUGUCGAUGACUAUAGCCAACACGUUUGAUUAGGAAGUCACAAAGUAGUUCUCAUCUGCAUCUUUUUUUCAAAAGGUUUUUAUUUGUAUCCUGACUGAAAUCAGUGUUUGGUCUAACAGCACUGUUUAUGACAAGCUUUACAGCUUUUUGUUAUUUCUUCAUGACCUUGCAAAUAUUCCGAACACACCGUUUUCCACUCCCCACAAAAGCUCCACGGGUGUGAACAGAUCUCUCAUGUGUUGCCUGGCAACCUUAAAGUGUUAAAAAAAAACAAAAAAAACUCCAGGCUGGAAUUUGUUUAGAUGAACUAGGAGAGUGUCCGUUACUACACACCUUUUGAAGGAACACUUUCUUUGUUUGUAUGCUGGAAGGUUCCGUAGACGUGGCACCAGUAAGCUCAUGGAAGACACAAACAAAAAGAUGUGAAAUAACGUGUGUAGUUCUGUGUGAUCGGCCUGUUACUAAAAAGAUUGGAUUUCAAAGAGCUCACAUGUCACUGUGCGAGUGAAAAUAAACAACAUGAGUUUUGCUGCAACAGAAUAUCUCAGGAAUACGAUGGAUGUGAUUUAUGUUGACGUUGAUGGGCAAAUGUGAUCUUAAUCUCAUGCACUAUGUCAAGCUAUGAUGCAUUAAUAACUCAGACAUUAAUAUGAGUGUUUCUGGGAGAGAAAAAAAGUUUUACGUGGACGUGAAAUUCACCGAAACUCCACAUCACAAAAUAAGUAUUUAUGUAAAAAGUGUUUAUGUUAUGUCUGUAAUAAAUGUCUGCUUGUAUCUUCCAGUUUAGUUUAAAAAGUUGAGAGCUUUGCCAGUCUGAAUCAACACCAAACAACAUUGUUGAAUGUAUGUUUUUAUACGUGCUUUAUGCUUGUAAAUAUUCUCUAUUAUCCUUUGUAUUCACAGAGCACCGAAUUUAUCGCAACUUCACAGUUCAGGUUGUCUUAAUUGACUGAGUUCAUGCGCAAAGACUUAGAUCAGGGGUCCCCAAACUUUUGGACUCAGGGGCCGAAUUGGGUUAAAACAAUUUGGCCGGG